UCAGUUUAGCUGUUUCGAAGAGAGAGAGAGAGAAAAAAAAAAAAAAAAAAAAAACAGAAACUACAGCAGAAGAAGAGAGGACCAAACCCCGGCUCACCCUGGACUAUGAUAACCACUACACACAGGCCGGUAAUAACGGGACGACAUAACGGCUUAUUGCACAUCUGUAGCGCAUAAUGAAGGCAUCCGCUAUUCUUUACGGCUUUCUUUCCAACGUUUAGCCACAACACUAUUUAUAAAUGCGUCUCCUUUUAGACGCCCUCUGAAGGAAAAAAAGAAAAGAAAAGAGGGGUGGGGGGGAAAGCUAGCUUGUCUGGAAUUGUGUUGAAAAAUCCUCCUCCUGUGGCCUUUGGAGGACAGUGAAGUCAUUUGAGAAGGAGAAGAAGAAGAAGACCCGUCCAGAUCAUCAGCCCUGAUACUUUAACACUGGGAACAGAAGCGACGCUGGGCUUUCUAACCGUUCCAACCAGUCAACAUCGACUCGUCUCUCAUUUCUCCUUCAAAUCUUACAUGGUUUUUCAUUUCUGAGCCGUCAUCUCCGACCCUUUUGUGGGUAUUUAUCCCCCCCUUCCCCUCCUCCCUCCGCCAAAUUAAAGGAUGCCGGAUCAAAUAUCGGUGUCCGAGUUUCUCUCGGAGACAACAGAGGAUUACAAUUCCCCGACAACGUCCAGCUUCACCACCCGCUUGCAGAGCUGCAGGAACACGGUGAACGUGCUGGAGGAGGCGCUGGACCAGGAUCGAACUUCUCUUCAGAAGGUUAAGAAAUCAGUGAAGGCAAUCUACAAUUCAGGUCAAGAUCAUGUGCAGAAUGAAGAAAACUAUGCCCAGGCUCUGGAUAAGUUUGGUAGCAACUUCAUCAGCAGAGACAACCCUGAUCUGGGGACAGCUUUUGUCAAGUUCUCCUCCCUUACCAAGGAGCUGUCUGCCCUGCUGAAGAACCUGCUCCAGAGCCUCAGCCACAAUGUGAUCUUCACCCUGGACUCGCUGCUCAAGGGGGAUUUGAAAGGCGUGAAAGGGGACUUAAAGAAGCCCUUCGACAAAGCGUGGAAGGACUACGAGGCCAAGUUUACAAAGAUAGAGAAGGAGAAGCGGGAGCACGCCAAGCAGCAUGGGAUGAUCCGCACCGAGAUCACCGGGGCUGAGAUCGCAGAGGAGAUGGAGAAGGAGCGCCGCCUGUUCCAGCUGCAGAUGUGUGAGUACCUGAUCAAAGUAAAUGAGAUCAAGACCAAGAAAGGAGUGGACCUCCUGCAAAACCUGAUUAAGUAUUACCACGCACAGUGCAAUUUCUUCCAAGAUGGCUUGAAGACAGCAGAUAAGCUGAAGCAGUACAUCGAGAAGCUGGCAGCUGAUCUCUACAAUAUAAAGCAAACUCAGGAUGAAGAAAAGAAGCAGCUGACUGCUCUGCGAGAUUUGAUCAAGUCCUCCCUCCAGUUGGACCAGAAAGAGGACUCACAGAGUAAGCAAGGUGGCUACAGCAUGCAUCAGCUGCAGGGAAACAAAGAGUUUGGCAGUGAGAAGAAAGGGUACCUGCUGAAGAAGAGUGACGGAUUGAGGAAGGUGUGGCAAAGGAGGCAGUGCUCAGUGAAGGGAGGCAUCCUCACCAUCUCUCAUGCCACAUCCAACAGGCAGCCUGUCAAACUCAACCUGCUCACCUGCCAGGUGAAGCCAAGCUCUGAAGACAGGAAAUGCUUCGACCUAAUUUCGCAUAACAGGACAUAUCACUUCCAAGCUGAAGAUGAACAAGAGUUUGUCAUAUGGAUCUCAGUGUUAACUAACAGCAAGGAGGAGGCUCUAAACAUGGCUUUCCGAGGCGAGCAGAGCAGUGGCGGGGAGGACGGAUUAGAGGACUUGACUAAAGCCAUCAUAGAAGACGUGCUGCGAAUGCCAGGCAACGAGAUCUGCUGCGACUGCGGCGCUGCAGAACCAAAGUGGCUGUCCACCAACCUGGGGAUCCUCACCUGCAUCGAAUGCUCUGGGAUCCACAGAGAGAUGGGGGUCCACAUUUCCCGCAUCCAGUCCAUGGAGCUGGACAAGUUGGGAACCUCAGAACUAUUGCUGGCAAAGAAUGUAGGGAACAGUAGCUUCAAUGAGAUCAUGGAAGCAAACCUUUCCUCCCCUUCACCAAAGCCCAACCCCUCAAGUGACAUGACGGUGAGGAAAGAGUUUAUCAACGCUAAGUAUGUGGACCACAAGUAUGCCAGGAAGACGUGCACGUCGGCUGCGGCUAAGAUGAUCGAGCUGUUUGAGGCCAUCCAGACGCGGGACCUGCUGGCUCUCAUUCAGGUCUACGCUGAGGGGGUGGAGCUAAUGGAGCCUCUGCCGGAGGCGGGACCGGAAGCCGGAGAGACUGCCCUGCACUACGCCGUACGGACUGCAGACCAGACCUCACUGCAUUUGGUGGACUUCCUUGUGCAGAACAGCGGUAACCUGGAUAAGCAGACGGAGUGGGGGAACACCGCCCUGCAUUACUGCUGCAUGUACGAAAAGCCUGAGUGCCUCAAGUUACUCCUAAGAGGCAAACCGGCCACCGACAUCACCAAUCAGAAUGGAGAGACGGCCCUGGAUGUUGCCAGGCGACUGAGGAACACUCAGUGCGAGGAGGCACUUGUUCAGGCCGCAGAGGGGAAGUUCAACCCUCACAUCCACGUGGAGUACGAGUGGAGCCUGCGACUGGAGGAGAUGGACGAGAGCGACGACGACCUUGAUGAUAAGCCCAGUCCCAUCAAGAAGGACCGCUCUCCGAGGCCUCAGAGCUUCUGCCACUCCUCCAGCUUGUCCCCUCACGACAAGCUCUCCCUGCCUGGCUUCAUCAGCCAGAGGGACAAGCAGCAGCGCCUCUCCUACAGCGCAUUCACCAACCAGAUGUACAGCGCCUCCACCGACCUCAGCUCCUCCCCCGUGGCCGACGGGCCGCCGCUGCCACCCAGGAACCAGGGCAAAGGUCAGACAUCUCCUCCCCCAUCCGGCCCUCCCUCCACACUCACACCAGGAGGCAGCUCUACCCUGUCCAAGAAGAGACCUCCGCCCCCACCUCCUGGACACAAACGCACCCUGUCCGACCCACCCAGCCCGCUCUCUCACAGUCCGCACAGUAAAGGGGGCUCAGUAUCCGGGGGAAGCGACUCCACCCCUCCUCCGGUCAGUAAGAUGUCCCCCGUGUCCAACAAGUUUGAGGGCAUUCCUCAGCAGCAGAGCACUACGUCGAGCAACACAAAGUCUACACUCGGUCCAAGGGUUCUUCCCAAACUACCUCAGAAAGUGGCAUUGAGAAAGAUUGACACCAUCCACCAUCCGUCUGUGGACAAGCCCAGCCUUCCUCCAGAGGUCUUCCCAAAGUCUCCGCCAGCAACUGAUGCUGCUCACAAGGCGCCGCUGGCAGAGCGGCCCCAGCUGGGCGACCUGCCCCCAAAACCACAGGUGUCCGAACUUCCCCCGAAACCCGGAGAGCUUCCUCCGAAGCCGCAGCUCUCUGACCUGCCUCCUAAACCUCAGCUGGGAGAUCUGCCGCCCAAACCGCAGCUCAAAGACCUUCCCCCCAAGCCUCACCUGGCAGACAUCCCUCCUAAACCCGGGACAUCUGACGCCACCCCCAGGCCCCCUUCUGGAGAUUCAGUACAGAGGCCACAAUCGCAGCCUCCCCCUCCACCUCAGACUCAGCCGCAGGACUCGCCGUCACCCAACCAACAGGCAAACAUCCCAACUCCAUCCCAGCAGGCUGCCGAGGACACUAAUGGGACCCCACCAGGGACAGCGGAGACUCCUGUGCCCCUCCCGAGGAAAAUCAAUACAGGGAAGAAUAAAACCAGGCGGGUGAAGACCAUCUACGACUGUCAGGCCGACAACGACGAUGAGCUGACGUUUGCCGAAGGAGAGGUGAUCAUAGUAACAGGGGAGGAGGACCAGGAGUGGUGGAUCGGACACAUCGAGGGAGAACCUGAAAGAAAAGGCGUCUUCCCCAUGUCCUUUGUGCACAUCCUGAGUGACUGACAGCCAGACUUGCACUACGUUUCUCCCUAAACUGGGAUUUAAUGUAAAUAUCUUAAUCGCACACCAGUAACCCCCCGCCUCCCCCAAAGAAAAAUAGAAAAUAAAGAAAAACCCAGCAGGCUCAUCUAGACCCGGAUGCCACAUCCACGCUGUACAAAGAAUGUGUGUAUUCCUCCUCUACCAGUAUUAUCUUAACCCCUAUAGCAUGGCCGGAGACGGAGCCACUCUAAAAAACAAACCCUAGCACUUACCUAGAAGUCUAUGUUUAUGCUGUUCCUGUGUAUAUAUGUAUGUAAAUAUAUAUAUUUGUGUGUGAGUGUACAUACAUGUUUUAUUGUACAAAACAUGUACCGCUCUCUGCCUGCUCCAUCAAGCGUCAGGUUGGUAGAGCGUGAAUUUUAUCUGUAUUAAUUUCACCGGCCCUCCAGUAAUUAUCAACCUAUACUUGUGUGGGGGGUGGGGUGGGUUGGGGGGGAUAGAUAUGAAAUCGAAUGUGAAAUAGGUCAUGUCAUUAUUUGUCUUGCAUCCCUGUUUACCAUCGUAGAGGCAGGAGUCUCCCGCUGAAAAGUAUUCUCAUUAAGUGUACUCCUUGUUCUUGCUUGCUUUUGGUGUGUUACAUGUAUUACGGUUGUUUUUUUUUUUUUAUUACCGUACAGAAACCUGCUGCUACUGCGUGGUUGG